AUGGAUAUCACAGAGAAGACUGUGUGGGUACAGUUUCGGGUUCACUUUGUUACCAACAGCGAAAAUCUUGUUUUGGGUAUCACUGGUUCCCUUCCCGAAUUAGGGCAGUGGAACGUGACACGAGCUGUAGUUGCAGAUGAAAUUCCCAAAAGUUCAGGGGAAUGGAUUGUAUUAAUCCAACUUCCAGCAAAUGUCACGUUUGACUGGAAGUGGGUGGUACUUUCCCAGAAGAACGCCACGAUUACCGCAUUCCGGUGGGAAGAAAGAGACAAUAGAAGAACUGAGCUGGAGGAACAGGGUCGUCGGUGUUACGCCGCGUGGAAUUACGACGCGGCGUAUGAAACCAUCACUAAAUUUCCAGUUGAUGAAUGGAAGUGGAUGGAUGAUGAUGCUCAGGAUGAUGAAGAACAAUCUCCUGAGAGUGAACAUGUUUCCCCGAGGCGUAUAAAUGUAGGCUACUUUCCUAGUGUCGUGUUAUCGUCCUAUCAAGGUACCCAGUAUGAUGAUGAUGGUGGUGAUGACGAUGAUGAUGGUGGUGAUGACGAUGAUGAUGGUGGUGAUGACGAUGAUGAUGUUGGUGGUGAUGACGAUGAUAAUGUUGGUGGUGAUGAUAAUUAUUACUGA